AUGACCGUGCCCUGGCGGCCGGGGAGGCGAGGCAUCACCUAUAAGGAAGAGGAGGACUUGACUCUCCGGCCCCGUUGCUGCCUCCAGUGCUCCGAGUCCCUCGCAGGUCUCCAGGGGGGCAGACGCACCGAGCAGGGAGAAGACCACGACCAGCUUAAAGAACUGUACUCAGCUGGGAACCUGACGGUGCUGACGACUGACCCCCUGCUCCACCAGGACCCAGUACAAUUAGACUUCCACUUCCGCCUCACCCCCCAGACCUCUGCCCACUGGCACGGCCUUCUUUGUGACCAUCGACUCUUCCUGGAUAUCCCAUAUCGGGCCUUGGAUCAAGGCAACAGAGAGAGUCUGACGGCAACCCUGGAGUACGUGGAGGAGAAGACCAAUGUGGACUCCGUGUUUGUGAACUUCCCCAACAAUCGCGACGACAGAGGAGCCCUGUUGCGGGCCUUCAGCUACAUGGGCUUUGAGUUGGUCAGACCAGACCACCCCGCCCUCCCUCCCUGGGACAAUGUCAUCUUUAUGGUGUAUCCCCUUGAGAGGGACCUUGGCCACCUGCCCGGCGAGCCUCCCUAG